AUGAGAUCGAUUUCCCCUCCAAGAGUCUCGCGUUCAGGUACUGACAGCCCCCGGCCAGUUGCUGCACAGACAAAUCCCGUUGCGGUUGAGAUCGAGGAUGACGAUGAUGUCUCUACGGCGAGUGAAUCACCUACACAACCUCGACCCUCCCGCGAGUCUGGCACAACAAUGGAGAUCACUCAAAAUGGAAUCUUGCAGCCGCAAGCCACGAAUCUACCGACUCACAACUUCAUUGCUUCACCCUUCAAGCUGAUGUUGAUUCGUGACCUACCAUCAUCACAAAACAGAGACACCAUAUCCCUUCACGAUGUCCUUGGAAAUCCCUUGAUAAAAGAGGCAUGGAUUUUCAACUUUUGCUUCGACGUUGACUGGAUGAUGACUCAUUUCGAUCCUGAUGUCCGAGACCUGGUGAAAGUCAAGGUUGUACACGGGUCUUGGAGGAAUGAAGACGGAAACCGGAUCGGAAUCGAGGAUGCAUGUCGUCGGUGGCCAAACGUUGAGGCAGCCACAGCUUACCUACCUGAUCCAUUUGGCACCCAUCACAGCAAGAUGUUUGUGCUUUUCACACAUGAUGAUCAGGCACAAGUGAUCAUCCACACAGCAAAUAUGUUAAAUAAGGAUUGGUCAAAUAUGACCCAAGCCGUCUGGCAAUCACCGUUACUCCCUCGAGCCAAUAUUGACGACUCUGGCAACGUCGGGCCCUACGGAUCGGGUUCUAGAUUUAAGCAUGAUUUCAUGGCCUAUUUGAAGGCUUACGGCUCUAAGACGAAGGCACUUCGAGAUCAACUAGGUUUGUUCAAUUUCAAUGGUAUAAAGGGCGCCUUGGUUUCGUCGGUUCCGUCUCGGACCAAGGAGGAAGACUUCGAAGAAGAAGAUACCCUUUGGGGAUAUCCGAGACUUUGUAAGAUUCUCAGGGAAAUAAAACAGCCGCCACCAUCGACCACACGGCCUCACCUCGUCUGUCAAGUCUCCUCCAUCGCCACUUUGUCUGUCACCUGGCUCACCAGAUUCUUUAAUUCACUAUUCAAGCGCAACGACAACCAUAAGUUAUCCUUAGACCAGGUUUCGAUCAUCUAUCCGACACCCUCAAACGUAGCCUCAUCACUUGAUGGCUACGCAGCCGGUGGUUCAAUUCACACGAAAGCACAGAGCGCAGCACAUCUCAAACAAAUCACCACUCUACAUAAUACUCUAUCACAGUGGACCGAAGGCCCUUCACCAGCGUUUCGAGCGCAACGACACGAAGCAGCACCACACAUCAAGACUUACGUGCAGUACCGUGAGCGCCCAACGUUGCAACAACCAACACCAGAUAUCGACUGGGCGCUCCUAACCAGCGCCAAUCUGUCGACGCAGGCAUGGGGUGCUUUCCGGGAGAAAGAGAAGGAAGUGGUGGUGCAGAGCUUCGAGAUCGGCGUGCUCGUGUGGCCUGGACUCUUCAGUGAGGGAUUUGACAGCCAACCGGCCGGGGGCGGUCGAGACGAUGGGUCGACACCACAUCCCAAUGACGUCCGUAUGGUGCCCGUCUUCGGCAAAGACAUGCCUUCUCAAGCAAAUGUCACAGCGUCGGUCGGAACAACUCCCACCACAGCAGUUGUUGGACUUCGCAUCCCUUAUGACCUGCCUCUAACGCGAUAUGGUAGCACUGAACUGCCGUGGUCGCCGCACGGGACAUAUGAAUCGCCUGAUAGGCAUGGGCGGAGGUGGCCUCGUCACUUUGCCUGA